AUCAACCAUCAGGAUGGGAGUGAAUGACCUGUGGCAAAUUUUGGAGCCUGUAAAGCAACAUAUCCACUUGCAGGAUCUUAGUGGGAAGACCAUUGCCGUUGAUUUGAGUCUCUGGGUAUGCGAGGCACAGACAGUGAAGAAAAUGAUUGGAACUGUCAUGAAGCCCCACCUCAGGAACCUAUUUUUUCGUAUUUCAUAUUUAACUCAAAUGAAUGUAAAACUGGUGUUUGUGAUGGAAGGGGAGCCACCAAAGCUGAAAGCUGAUGUCAUGAACAAGAGGACUCAGACUCGAUACGGGCCUUCUGGAAAAUCGAGGUCUCAGAAAACAGGGAGAUCGCAUUUUAAGUCAAUCUUACGAGAGUGCCUUGAAAUGCUAGAGUGCCUAGGAAUGCCCUGGGUCCAGGCUGCGGGGGAAGCUGAGGCCAUGUGUGCUUACCUUAAUGCCAGCGGUCAUGUGGACGGCUGCCUCACCAACGACGGCGAUGCUUUCCUUUAUGGAGCCCAGACUGUGUACAGGAAUUUCACCAUGAACACAAAGGAUCCACAUGUUGACUGUUACACGGUAUCAUCUAUCAAGAGUAAGCUAGGCUUGGAUCGAGAUGCUCUGGUGGGACUGGCAGUACUUCUUGGUUGUGAUUACCUUCCAAAGGGAGUGCCUGGAGUUGGAAAAGAACAAGCGUUAAAACUUUUGCAGAUUUUGAAAGGUCAAAGUUUGCUUCAGAGAUUUAACCAGUGGAUUGAAGAACCUUGCUACUCUGUUCCACAAUCAGCAGCAAAAAAAGUGGUUCACUGCUCGGUGUGUUCCCAUCCAGGUUCUCCUAAGGAUCAUGAACGCAAUGGGUGCACACUAUGUAAAAGUGAUAGAUACUGUGAACCACAUGAUUAUGAAUACCUCUGUCCUUGUGAAUGGCACCAGACAGACCAUAAUAGACAACUAAAUGAAAUAGAAAACAAUAUUAAAAAGAAAGCUUGCAGUUGCAAAGGAUUUCCAUUCCAUGAGGUCAUCCAAGAAUUCCUUUCGAAUAAGAAUAAACUGUUAAAACCGAUCAGGUACCAAAGACCUGAUUUAUUAUUGUUUCAGAGAUUUACUGUUCAAAAAAUGGAGUGGCCUAGUCACUAUGCGUGUGAAAAAUUGUUGGUGCUUUUGACCCGCUAUGACAUGAUAGAAAGAAAACUUGGUAGAAAGACUUCCAAUCAACUACAGCCAAUUAGAAUUGUUAAACCCCGAAUCAGAAAUGGAGUCUGUUGUCUUGAAAUAGAAUGGGAAAAGCCUGAACAUUAUUCGGUGGAAGAUACACAACCUGGAGGACUGGAUCUCCUUACCAUCGAAGAAGCAUCACUGUUUGAAGCAGCCUAUCCUGAAGUUGUAGCUAUCUACCAGAAACAACAGUCAGAAACUAAAGGGAGGAAACAGAAGAAUAUAAAAAUUAAGCCCAAAGGAAGCCAUCUACCAGAAUCAGAUGAUGUGAUCAGUUCUCAAUCACUUAUGACUUUAGAACCUAUAUCAAAAGCCUUCCCCAAGCAGAAUCCCAAAAUUGAUUUGGAAAUUUCUCCAGAUCCUAUUUUAGCACAGGAGUCUACUUCUCCCUCAUUGAGUAGUUUUGUUUCCCCUGAAAAUGCUCCUGGUUUGAAUUUGCAAGAACAGUUAAUGCCUUCUCCAAGAACUUUGGCUGUAAAGCAAACUAAAGAUGUCAGUAAUUUUCUAGUUUCAGAAUGUAGUCAGCCCAGUUCUUCAUCCCAUAAUAUUUCUGUGAUUACUGAUCUACACUUGAGUAGCAUUGACUGGGCAGGUACUUCUUUUAGUAAUUCUCCAGCAGUUCAAAGAAACACUUUCUCUCAAGAUUUACAAUCAGAACCUGAAUCAUCAGCCAUCCUUCCUGCCUUUGAACAGUUGUCAUAUGAAUCAGAACAAUGUACCUUAAGCAACAAAGUGUCCAAUAGAGGUCUUCAGAAGAGUGGUCCUGAAGAGCAUCUCCUUUCCAGCAUCACUGGUUUACAUCUUCAUGAUUUGCCUCUAAAGGAAAGAAUACAUAUAAAAUCUUCAUGCCCUCAGUAUAAUGUAGGAGCAGAUGCUGACCUGGAAAGUUUGCCCUUAACAAUGAAUCACUCUUGUAUUGCUUACAGUAGCUCUGGAGGUUCAUCCCAUUUUUCAACGGAUCUUACAGGGGUAUAUCUUCAGAAAGAGCUCAGAAACUCUAAAGUUCUAGACAGCCACUUCCUUCAAGAAAACUUCAGGGUGAAUACUUCCUUACCUUAUUCUUUCAAUGAUGAAGCAGUAAAGACUUCCAGUCUUCAAGUUGGGCUGCCAACUGCUGCUGUACCUCAUAAUCCAAAAGUUGAUGUGAAAACUAAGAACCUUGUCAAGAAGAGUAGUGUUUGCCUUGAGCGAGAUUCCUCAGAUGAAGAGAAUGCUGCAGUGUCCUGGAAAGCUAAGUAUACUGCUCCUAAAUUGAAACACAGCUCUCAUAAUCAUAGCCUAGUCCAUGACAGAGACAGUACUCACAACAAACACAGAAAUCUGAAAGAUGAAUCUAACGAAACCAAACUGUGUACUGAGUCUUUUAAAAUAGCUGAAGAUGAAGAAAACAAGUUCUCAGAUCCAGCAAGAAAUCCCCAGAGUUUUCUACAAUGUCAUAACAAGGACGAGGACUCUGCUGACUGCUGGGAAAGUCCUCUCCCUUUACGUCAGAGGUUAAAGCUCAGGUUCCAGAACACUCAAAGUAGACUUUAUAAUACUUAAAUUUAAUGUGUUUAAAUGCUGGUAACAUGAGCAGAAGCCAAGCAAACUUGGGUUUGGGAGAAAAUGUACAUGAUUAUGUGCCAUUUAAAUCAAAAUUGUAAUUUUAAAAUGUUACCAGCCAGGUGCGGCUCAUGCCUAUAAUCACACCAUGUCCGAGGUCAAAAGAGUCCAGAGGAUCAUGCACAGGAGUUCAAAGACAUCUUCUGGUAUAUGGAGAUUGUCGGACCAAUCUCAGUUAUCUAAGAAAGGAAAAAAAUUAAAAUUUUGACUACAAAAGAUGAGCCUCUGGUAACAACUUGAAAUGGUAUUUUUUUAGAACAUUUGAAUGUCUUCUUGAGGUAUCUUUAUUAUUAUCUAGCUUUAACAUAUUAUUUCUUGACAAAGUAAAUGCUUUAUCAUUUUUAGUUCUUCUUAUGUUAGGGUCUAAAGCAACUGUUUACUGUCUAGCCAUCCUCAAGAUGGUAACACUUUAUAAAGGUGUUGCAGUAUCUUUUAUGACCCUUCCUAAUGGCUGUAUUUCCCCUUCAUGUUAAAGAACCAUUAGCAUGCUCUUCCACUUUUAGUAAUGUCAUGUUUGAGAAGUGAAAAUGGAAGAGGAUGUGUAGUGAAGUGUGAUUGUGAAGUCUGGGUAAGGAAAGUUACCUUAUAUACAUUCAGAAGUUCACAGGCACUGUAAGCAGGAAAUAUUUUUUAAAUCAGAUGUAAACCAAAAGAGAAUUGGAAGCUUCCUCAGGAUCACACAGUAAUAAUAGUAAUGGUGUGGAUCCCAUCUUUCCAGUUUGGUUCUUGUGAUUUUAUUUUUCUGUUUUGUUUGUAAUCUAUAGAACUGUUCCCUUUUGUCUUAAAUUUUAGUUUGCAUGUAAUGUUGACUUUAAUUCCUAUAAGUCUUAAAUCUUACAUAAAUUGUAAAAAUCCUAAAGGCAUCUAGAGUUACAGCUGUUUGUAAGUGACUGGAGCCUGAAAGUAGAGGAUCCUAAGGAAUCCAUCAAAAACGUAUUAAAAGCAAGCGAGGCUUGGUGACACACUUCUUUAAUGCCAGCAUUUGGAAGGCAGAGGUAAGUGGAUCUCUAACUUCAAGACUAGCCUGGUAGGCAG